CCAUAUCAGCAACCAAUGAAUGGGGAGAAAUACAUAUCGCAACAUCAGUUCCUAACACAUUGCGUUGUCGCACUUUGCGCCUCCAUCGUAGACGGAUUCGAGUGCCGUCAAGUACUUCGAAUGCUCGCUCAGUCGCAGUCAGAAUUCACAACAGGUGGGAUCAUUCUGCUGCUUUCCGUCUCUGAUUCGGUUAUCACUGUAAAGUUUGAACUGAAAAAAAUGCCGCGUACUUCGUUCGAAGAAUUUCAAGCGCUACGUGCCGAGUUCAUCAACCAGGAAGACUCUCGCGCUCUCGGGUCCGAUAUAGUUCUAACUGAAGAUGAAAUAAAAGUGAAUAAUCAUAUCAUGAAACUGAAAAAAGCUGAGUUGGAUGCCGGGUUCAAAACACCCAGCGACUUCGCACCGUCUCGACAUUUCUUUCAAGUUUUGGAUAAAAUUAAAGCAUCACCACUGUUUCAACUGAUUCAAAAGAUGCCCAAAGGUGCAAUUCUUCACGCUCACGAUACCGCUAUUGGUAGUUUGGAAAUAAUAGUGAAAGCCACACACAAAGAUCAUCUCUGGCAGAACGGUGAUUUUGAUCGUUCGAAUCCGCCCUUGUUCAAAUUCUCCAAAUCGAAACCAGAUGCAGUAGAUGGUUGUGAAUGGCGUUCGGUAUCAGCGAUUCGUAGAGAGAUUGGCAAUGAAGGAUACGAUCAAAACAUUCGGCGCGCGUUUAGCCUGUACAAUGAAGAUCCUUUGAAUGCCUAUCACUGCAUCAAUCAUAUAUGGGGAACUUUUGCGAAAAUAUUUAUAUCGUUAGAACCGAUCGUAACGUAUAGACCCAUUUGGGAAGAAUACUUUUAUCAAUCACUAGUGCAACUGCACGCGGAUAACGUGAGUCACUUGGAAUUCCGUGGAAUUUUACCAGAGCUGUACGAUCUAGAAAACCGCACAUAUGGACCGGAAGAAGUGGUCCAGAUAUACUACGACCUGUCGGAAAAGUUCAAAAAAGAGCAUCCCGAUUUUAUAGGGAUUAAAUUAAUCUACGCUCCGCACCGACUGGGAGAUGAUGAAACUUUCAACAGAUACUUGGACAUUGCCGAAAGAUUACACAAAAAGUUUCCAACAUUCGUGGCUGGUUUUGAUCUAGUCGGACAGGAAGAUCUUGGCAGACCGCAUAGCGAUUUCAACGAACGGCUACUCAAAAUGAGUCCUUCGAUUCAGUUCUUUUUCCAUGCCGGGGAAACGAACUGGAACUAUCUGACGGAUGAGAAUUUGAUCGACGCCAUUCUGCUGGGAACGAAACGAAUCGGUCACGGCUUUGCCGCCAUCAAACAUCCACGGGUGCUGGAGGAAAUCAAGAAGCGCAACAUUUGCAUCGAGCUGAACCCGAUCUCCAACCAGGUGCUGAAGCUGGUGGAUGACUUCCGAAACCAUCCGGGAUCGUACUACUUCUCCGACAACUAUCCGGUAGUGGUCUCAUCGGACGAUCCGGCCUUCUGGUGUGCCUCGCCACUGUCACACGAUUUCUAUAUCGCAUUCCUUGGACUGGCUUCGGCCCGACAGGACUUACGGCUGUUGAAGAAACUGGCUCUGAAUUCCCUAGAAUAUAGUGCCAUGAUGAAGUCUGAGAAGACGGAAGCCAAACAUAAGUGGAACAUUCUGUGGAAUAGCUUUAUCGACCAAACCGUCAAAUCGAUUACACCAUAGAUUGGCAAUCAUCACUCAAGUCAGUAUUUUGUGGGGUCUAGUCGUCACCUCAUAGCAACAAUCUACGGUAUCUCGAAACGUUCUCAGUCCAAAAUUGUGGUGAUUGACGGAGAUAAAGUACUGAAUCUGAAGAGCGCGUUUCAGUGCUGAAACAGUGAUGAAUGCGUUAUCGAAGCUUAUCUACCGUGCUUAUCAAACGAGCAAUAAAUCAUGGACGCGAAA